CAUUGUUGCCUUGCAGUAGUCCUGAAAUGGCAAAACUGCAGCUCAGCGCCGAAUUGGAAUUAUGGUACAGUAAGUGGUCGAGAGGGGAUCCAAACAACUUACCAAAGUCAAAGUCAUCUGCAGAUGUUCUUCAAUCUUGCGAUAAGGAGGCAUACCAGUUAAUUAACCACCUCUUAGUUAUUUUGACUACCCUCCCUGUGAGCAACGCAACCCCAGAAAGGUCAUUUUCAGGAUUGAGGCGUCUUAAGACGUGGCUAAGAAGCACAAUGCGCCAAGACCGCUUAACUGGAUUGGCCCUCAUGCUUACGCACAGAGAUGUUAAUGUAGAUAUUGAAAAAGUAAUAGAUAGAUUUGCUAAGACGAGAGGUGGUAAGCAUCGGCUAGAAUUUGCUUUGGAUUAAUUAAGCUUGACAGUGUAGUAGUAGAAAUUGGAAAUUCGAUAUGUUAUGUUUUUAGAAUUGUUCAUGAAUAAAAUACUCUUAUUGCACUGUACCAUUAA